AUGGUGUCUCACCCACCCUACAGCCCAGACUUAGCACCAAGUGACUUCCAUCUCUUCCCUGAGUUGAAGAAAAACCUUGGCGGAACCCAAUUACAGACAGAUGAAGAGGUGCAAAACGCGGUUGUUAGUUUUCUACACGGACAGGCGGAAGAGUUCUAUGACUCUGGUUUGAAGAAGUGGGUGCCUCGAAUGCAGAGAUGCAUAGAACGCAACGAAGAUUAUGUAGAAAAAUAA